UAUAUUGUUGUAAAAUGUUUAGUUACUGUGUAUUUUAGCUUCGCACAUAAAGAUAGAGGGAGAAACAGACAGACAGUGAACAGUGUAAGCAAACCUGUGAAGAUGCCGGUAAGUUCGACGAUGAUCGGAGCCCUACUGGGACUGGGGACACAAAUGUACUCCAAUGCCCUCCGCAAGCUCCCUUACAUGCGCCAUCCUUGGGAGCACGUGCUGGGCAUGGGAUUGGGUGUGGUGUUCGUAAACCAGCUUGUGAAAUGGGAUGAACAGCUGAAAGAGGACCUUGAUAAGAUGCUCGACAAGGCCAAGGCCGCCAACGAGCGCCGAUACAUUGAUGAAGAUGAUGAUUAGCUUGCAUCUCAGUGUGUUGUGGCAUGCUCAGACAGGAUCCAUGUUUUAAGAGAGUGUUAGGCCUUCUAAGUUGCAGGCACUUUUUGUUUUUAAUUUAAUGUUGAUAUGUUUGCAAGGUUGUCAAAACUUUCCUAUUUUUCUGGUAUUUUUUUUGUGAUUCUGGCAAUGAAAUGCUUUCAUAUUGCAAAGCUGAAUGCUGUGUCUAGUGCGUUGUUAAUAAAUGAAAUGAAUUCAAUAGUUGUCCUA